AUGCAUGUAGGCCACAAGACUCGUUCCGUGGACGAUGGCAACUUAGUAAGAGAAGUUCGAGAAAUCCGCCACUCUGGAUAUGUGCCAUACCUCCUCUCUAGACGAUUCGAUUUCGCCAGUCCAUACGGAAGCAAACGCGAGCCGUGGGCGCUUGCACCAAUCGAGUUCAGGGGGUACUACGGAGAUGGCCUUCCGAAGCGUAAUUUCGACGAGAUCGACCGAUCCGGCCUGGACACGUUCGUGAAGAAGCGCAACUUCGACGAGAUCGAUCGUUCAUCGAUGCCGUUCCCCUACGCGACCAAACGCUUCUACCAUCUUUCAAGCUUCGACAAGAAGAGGUACCGACCUGACUACCCCAUGGACGAGAUUGACCUGUCACACUUCCCCAUUGGUUCCAAGCGGUCUCAAGACGACUAUCCCCUCGUUCCCCGCAAUUUACUGUAAACAAAAGAAUCCAGAUACCGUCCUAUUUAAUAACCAUUAUGUCCACAAUUCCACAUAAAUGUCUUCGCUCAGAACUCUGUGAUUGCCUAAUAAAA